AUGACAAGCCUCGCGCCGUCUGUGACAGAGACUCCGUUGCACUCAGAACAAGACGAAGACACAUUGAACGUCGUCGGGCACCACCCGGGCGACACUGGCAGGAACAACACAUACGUAGCGACGCCACUGCUGCCGCCUCCGCUGAUGGCAUCCACCAUGGCAAGCAGCGGGGGCGCGAGUAACUUGUCGGACUUGACGGACCACCGCGUCAUCGUCGGCGCCGAGAUGUGCGUCACCAUGUCACCCCCGCUCCCUCACCACCUCCAUCACACACGCGCGAACAGCAGUGUGAGAACGCAACCCUGCAGCAACAGUGUGGCGAGCACGGCGGCAGCAUCGGUUCACCCGAGCGCGGGGUCUUGGCAGGAGCACUACUUCCACCCUGCGACGCUCUGGAGCACCUUCGUCGACUACUGGAGCGUGAUAUGGCGCCUUGGCCUGUACGUUGCGCUCGUCACCGCGCUGCGUGCAAACCGCAAGCUGCUCAUCUCCUUUGCAGGAAUACGCGCUGCGAUGACGGAUGCGCAGGUCUCCUACCUGAUGGGCUUCAGCUUCGUCUUUGACGCCCUCCUGUUCCCUCUCGGUGGCUUGAUGAUGGACCUACUCGGGCGUCAGUUUGCCAUGAUCCCCACCGUCGUCGGGCUCAGCAUCGUCUUCAUGUUCCUGCCCCUUUGUCGCACAGAGGGGCAGCUCUACAUCGCCGCGUCAGCCUUUGGCAUUGUGGACGCGCUGGGGUGCGGUAUCAUCAUGACACUCACGGCGGAUCGGGCGCCAUCGCGCUACGGCGCGCCGUUCUUUGGCAUCAUGCGAACGGUGCAGGACGUGGGCCACCUUAUUGGCGCUCGAGGUGUCUCGAGUCUGAUGCGCUACUCCGGCUUCAAUGUGUGCUGUUGGGUGCUAACGGCGGUCGGCUUCUUCAGUGCAAUGUGGGGUGUGUACGGGGUGCCGAGCGAUACAGAGACGCUUCCCGAAGCACCGCGGCUGGAGCAGGCGGCGGCCGUAGCACAUGAGUGGCGGUUGCGCAAGGCCUAUUUCUACUCUCAGAGCAGCGAGGAGAUAACGUCGUUGACGGCUGUGUCGGGGACGGCGACGCCACCCACGAUGACGUACGGCACCACGUCAAUACCGCAUCUGCGCCGUUGA